AUGCAGUGCUAUACAGAGCUUCUUCCCCCAACUGGGGUGACUCACGCCCUGGCAGCGCCUUUCAUUUCAGCAACAGCCAACAACCUGCUCGUUGUUAGAACAUCUCUUUUGCAGGUGUUUUCGCUAAUCAAGCCUUCUGCUCAGCCACAGAAAGUUGGAACAGAUGACCAAGUCUCGCAAUUCUCCCAGCCAGAAACAAAGCUAGUCCUUGAGAAAGAAUACCAGCUAUCUGGAACAGUGACUGAUCUGAGUCGAGUCAAAAUCCUCAACACCAAGAGUGGUGGAGAAGCCAUUUUGAUUGCAGUCCGGAACGCCAAACUCAGCUUGAUCCAGUGGGACCCAGAACGUUAUGGGAUUUCAACCAUCUCCAUUCAUUACUACGAGCGGGAUGACAUGACCCGCAGUCCCUGGGUGCCCGACUUGAGCCAGUGUGGUAGCAUCUUGAGUGUUGACCCUAGCAGCAGAUGUGCAGUGUACAAUUUCGGAAUUCGCAACCUUGCGAUUCUGCCUUUCCAUCAGGCAGGUGAUGACCUGGUGAUGGAUGACUAUGACCCCGAGCUUGAUGGAGAACGCCUAAACCCCGACUCAGAAGUUGAGAAAAACAAAGAUCAGCCAGCCCACCAAACACCCUAUGCCUCAUCCUUUGUCUUGCCAUUGACCACCUUGGACCCUUCAUUGCUGCAUCCCAUAAGUCUUGCAUUCCUUUAUGAAUACAGAGAGCCCACAUUUGGCAUUUUGUAUUCACAAGUUGCUACCUCUACUGCCCUUCUUCACGAGAGAAAAGAUGUGGUAUUUUACUCUGUCUUCACACUAGACCUCGAACAGCGAGCAUCUACCACACUCCUUUCGGUGUCUAGUCUCCCGAGUGAUCUGUUCAAAGUUGUGCCAGUUCCACCCCCGGUAGGAGGCACCCUGCUCCUUGGCUCCAAUGAGAUCGUGCAUGUGGACCAAGCUGGUAAGACCAAUGCAGUGGGAGUCAAUGAAUUUUCAAGGCAGGUCUCUGCAUUUUCAAUGACAGAUCAAUCCGACUUAUCGUUCCGCCUUGAGGGUUGUGUGGUUGAGAGACUUGGUGGUGAUAGCGGUGACCUGGUCCUGGCCCUUGCGUCUGGGGACAUGGCACUUAUUAAAUUCAAACUUGAUGGACGAUCAGUCUCCGGCAUCACUGUUCAUCGCCUUCCUUCGAAUGCGGGUGGGGAUAUCUUGAAGUCGGGAGCCUCUUGUUCUACUUGUUUCGGCGAUGGAAACAUUUUCAUUGGCAGCGAAGAUGCAGACUCCGUGCUCCUGGAAUGGUCUCAUUCAUCGGCUUCAAUAAAGAAAGCUCGGAUUGGGUCGAAGCAGGUUGAUGGUGAUCAUGAACUUUCGGAGGAUGACCAGAUGGAAGACGACAUUUACGACGAUGACCUAUAUUCCUCGGCACCGGGACCUGCACAGGGCGACCAUCGUGUAGGAAACGACAAUUCUACACAGUAUUACAACUUCCGAUUAAAUGAUCGCCUGUUGAACAUUGGGCCCCUGAGAGACAUAACAUUGGGCAAAGCCACUCCGGAAACCACGAAAAAUCAAUCGACCAGCGAAGCUGUUUCCGCUGAGCUUGAGUUAGUAGCUGCGCAAGGUUCAAACCGAGGUGGUGGCCUGGUAGUUAUUAAGCGUGAAAUCGACCCCUUGACUACCAUGUCUCUCAAACUUGAUGAUGCGAAUGGUGUGUGGUCGGCUAUGGUUGUUCCUGGGAAAGGCGGAUUGCCCAGCACUACCGAUAGCCCAUCUCGUCAAUACGUCGUCAUCUCACGUUCCACAACUUCGGACCAAGAAGUGAAUGAUGUAUUCACGGUCGGAGAUGAAGGCUUAGAGCCCUUCAAAGCCUCCGAGUUCAACCCCAACAAAGACUGUACGAUUGAUAUCGGUUCUUUGGCGGAUGGUACUCGCCUUGUCCAGGUCCUGAGGAACGAGGUCAGAAGCUAUGAUAUGGAUUUGGGAUUGUCGCAAAUUUACCCUGUUUGGGACGAAGAUACCAGCGAAGAGCGUGUGGCCGUGAGCGCGAGCUUUGCUGAUCCUUAUCUUGUAAUUCUUCGGGAUGAUUCAUCUGUGAUGCUUCUCCAGGCGGACAGCAGCGGAGAUCUGGAUGAAGUUUCGCUUCCAGAAGAGGUCAGCACGUUGAAAUGGCGCUCCGGCUGUCUAUAUCACGACCAGUCCCAGUCAUUCAGUCCUGCAGAUUCAACUCCCGAUCGCACUACAAAAGACGAGACACUUCUUUUCUUGCUCGGCCUAGAUUGCAAGCUAUCAGUGUUCCGAGUUUCUGAUAUGAAGCUGCUCGCUGUCAUCAAGGGCGUCGACUGCUUACCACCCAUGCUAUCCUCUGAGCCUCCUCGGCGGUCAAAUAAUCGGGAAACUUUGACCGAAUUCGUCGUCGCAAAUCUUGGUGACCGGACUAGCGCUUCGCCCUAUCUGAUUGCUCGAACCGACAACGAUGAUCUCAUCUUUUACAGGCCCAUGUUAAUGUUGUCAAACAUUGAUAAUGAACCGUUCCGUUGCUUGCAAUUCGUUCGAGAGGCAAACCACGUUCUGCCAAAGAAUCUCUCAGGGGAAACUUCGCAAACAAAUGAUCAACGACGGAGACCUUUGCGUAUCCUAUCCGAUAUCGCAGGAUUCAGCACGGUCUUCAUGCCAGGGGCUUCUUCCAGCUUUGUUUUCAAAACUGCGAAGAGCUCGCCACACAUAUUACGCCUUCGGGGAGGCUACACACAUUGGCUGAGCAGCUUUAGUUCAGCUGCCACUGGCUGUGAAAACGGGUUCAUAUACAUUGACUCCCAGAAUUGCGUCCGAGCUUGUCAAAUGCCCCCACAAACGCAAUUCGACUAUUCGUGGACGUUGCGCAAGGUUGCCCUCGAGGAACAGGUUGACCACCUAGCCUAUUCCACCUCUUCUGAAACAUAUGUAUUUGCUUCAAGUCAACGCGCAGACUUCAAGCUGCCAGAAGGCGAUGACUUGCACCCCGAAUGGCGAAAUGAAGAAAUAUCUUUCUGUCCGGAAGUCCCUCAGUGCAGCAUCAAGGUUAUCAGCCCAAAGACAUGGUCUGUCAUUGAUAGUUACCUCCUAGAUCCUGAUGAGCAGGUGACAGCAGUGAAGAACAUGAACAUUGAGAUCUCGGAAAAUACCCACGAACGUAAGGAUCUAAUUGUCGUGGGAACUGCCAUUGCGAAGGGCGAAGACAUGCCAGCCCGCGGCAGCAUCUACGUGUUCGAGGUAGUGAACGUGGUCCCGGAUCCCGAAAAGCCCGAGACCGGCCGCAAACUGAAGCUUGUCGGCAAGGAAUCAGUGAAAGGUGCCGUGACAGCACUAUCUGGCAUCGGCGGUCAAGGGUUUGUGAUCGUGGCCCAGGGACAAAAGUGCAUGGUCCGCGGUCUCAAAGAAGACGGCAGCCUUCUCCCUGUGGCGUUCAUGGAUAUGCAAUGCUAUGUCAGUGUUGCAAAGGAGCUCAAGGGGACUGGCAUGGUUCUUUUGGGUGAUGCAGUGAAAGGACUCUGGUUUGCCGGCUAUUCAGAGGAGCCGUACAAAAUGACACUCUUCGGCAAGGACCCCCAGUACCUAGAAGUGGUAGCAGCAGACUUCCUUCCAGAUGGCAACAAGCUCUAUAUGCUAGUUGCAGACAGCGACUGCAACCUCCACGUCUUACAAUACGACCCGGAAGAUCCCAAAUCAUCGAAUGGUGACCGACUACUCAGCCGAAGCAAGUUCUACGCCGGCAACUACGCUACGUCGGUGACGCUCAUGCCACGAACACCAGUAUCGUCUGAGCUGAUUGAAUCGUCUGACGAAGACAUGGACAUUGACCAGACAUUCCCAACCCACCAGGCCCUGAUCGCCUCCCACAAUGGGUCCCUGGCCCUUGUUACAUCCGUUGCGGAGGAGACCUACCGCCGUCUCUCGGCGCUGCAAUCCCAGCUCGUCAACACAAUCGAACACCCUGCUGGACUGAACGCUCGUGCAUUCCGGGCCGUCGAGAGUGACGGUGCCGCAGGCCGAGGUAUGGUUGAUGGAAAUCUACUACGUCUCUGGCUCAACAUGGGCAAGCAACGCCAAGUUGAAAUUGCGGGCCGGGUCGGCGCCACGGAGUGGGAGAUUCGGGCCGAUUUGGAGACUAUUGGUGGAGAUGGAUUUGGAUAUCUGUGA